AUGAGCAAACAUUCCAACACUGAAAAAUAUCCGCUUCUCACAACUACUUCACAACAUGCCUCCACACUUCGGAAAUCGAUUUACUACAAGCCAAGCUCAAAGGAGAGCAAAUCUAAUCGAAGGUCUUUAUCAACAAGAGCAAAAAAUUCAACACUGAUUAGCAACACUAAUUCAUCAGAUUUUCAAAUUAGAAGAAAUUCGAAUGAAAUGUUUUCUAAUGAUAUUCUAUGGGAAAUUUUCUCAUAUCUUUCGAUAGAGAGAAUUGAAUUGCUGGAUUCUAUCGAUUCUAAAGUGUUGGUUUCCAACUUGUCAGCUCUUGCCAAGUUGGGCUCUGCAUGUCAACAAUUCAGAAAUGUCAUGAAUGAGAGCAAAUGUUGGGAUGUGCUGUUCGAGCAUUAUGUAUUUUUCUGCAGUGGAGAAUAUCAUGGUUUGGCAAAUCCAAUGCUGUAUUACAAGGCCCAGAGAAACAAGUUUGGAGAUAUGAUAUUGACAUCCUGUCAAAAGAAACAUUUCGUCAUGUAUGGAAUUAUGUUUGAUUAUAUACGAAAGAGGCAAUUAUUUUCAUCUCAAUUCAUGUCUGGAUUAGUCAACAAGACCAUCCAUUCAAUAGAUUUCAAACACUACCCUCAGAGAAAUAUCAUUCGAGCAACCAAAUCAAGUAACUCUCAUAUUGAUCCAUUAUUUGCAAAGAGAUGCCUUAGAAAUCGAAUAGAAUCUCCAGAAAAUAAUAAGCAGAAUCAUGAAGUUUCACCAAUUACUUCCUUCUCAAUGAGGAUUUUGUGUGGUUCAAUAUGUGGUGCGAUUUUUUCUCCUUAUGCUUAA